AGGAGAUCCAAGAUGUUGAAGGUCCUCAUUCUGGUUGCCUGUCUGGCUGCGGUUGCCUCUGCUCAGUUCGGAGGAGAACAAGACGAUCACUAUCACACGCAUCCGAAGUACAAGUACGAGUAUGGCGUCAAGGAUCACCAUUCUAAGGAUCACAAGAGUCAGUGGGAAAGUCGGGAUGGCGACCACGUCAAGGGACAAUACACGCUAGAUGAAGCCGAUGGAACGCACCGCAUUGUGGAUUAUACUUCCGACCACAAGACUGGAUUCCAGCCACAUGUUCAGCGUAAGGGCCAUGCCCACCACCCACACGGAGAGAGCUAUGCCAACAUCGAACAACACUACUAAUGAAUGACUUGGUUUUGUCAUUAAUUUCGAACGAUGAACCGAAACAAACAGCAAAUGUAAUGAUUGGUGUUUUAAUUUUUUUGGAAGAAAAAAUAUCCCAAACCUUUCGAAGGUUGGAAACUGCAUUUGAAAAUACACUGAAAUCUCUUGUAUGACUUUGUAGUGUAGGUUACUUUGCAACGCAUAUUUUAAUAGUGUAAUUGAAUAGCAUGGAUAGGAUACACGACACAAGUUGAAAUUAUCCUUUCAUCAUGUAUAAUUAUAAAUCAAUAACCCUCUAGUGCCCAAGUCAAUAUUUAGACGGACAUCGAAAAAAUCACUAUGAGUUUUCAUAAACAUUUUUUAAGUAUUGAUUGAAGCUUUUUAGAGGUUUACCUGAAGAUCGUCUAAUGGCGGCACUGGGCACUAGAGGGUUGAGCUUGUUUAAAAAACCACAGCAGAGUUCGAUUUACCUCUCACAAAGCCAUGGUGCCAAUGAUCCUCCACCAAUGAAAGGUGACCCCAAUCAAAAUAUAAACAACAUAA